ACGUGAAGGCAAUUAGCCUUCAGAUUCUCAAAGAGGUCUGGUGAGGGACAGGCAGCGCCCGCUUAUCACACGCGCACUUCUGCAAAACAACACCAGUCUUAAUCUAAAACGAGACUUUUAGUACCGUGGCGUCACUCCAGUUAAAGCAUCGCGGAACAACAUGAAUUUGCUCAUACUGGCGACUCUUUUCUCAGCGGUUUUGGCCGAAAAAUCACCUCGGCUGAAAUUCACCGUAAUGGAGUCACCUCGGUUUCGCUUCAUGAAACCGGAGAACUACACAACGGUUUACCACCAACAGGAAACUGAUAUCCUGUAUGUGGGGGGCCAAGGGGUCAUCUAUAAGCUCACCUUCAGUGAUAAAGGAGUGCAUGACACGCAGAUCCAUGCGGUAAUGGAUGAGAAUGCAAAAGAGACGUGUGUAUCUAAAUCACCAGCAUGGAAGCAAGAGUGUGCUAAUUUCAUCACAGUAAUUGAGAGAGUUGGUGAUUCGUUCGUGGUGUGUGGGACAAGAGCAGGAGCUCCUAAAUGUUGGCUCCUGGUAAAUGACAGUUUAUUGAUGGACAUGCCGGAGGAAACAGCAGCGUCUAACAUCUUGGCACCUUUCCCUUCUCAGCGCUCCAUCAGUCUGUCAGCAGAUGGGAAUCUGUAUUCUGCUCUGUCAGCGGUUGCAGGACAGACUGGCUCUAUCAGUCGCACAUAUGGCUCCAAAAAGCAGCUGAAGACAGAGAAUAAAUGGUUACACAAUCCCCAGUUUGCAGGAGCCGCUGUGAUACCACACACAGAGAAACUCAAAGAUGAGAUCUAUUUCUUCUUCAGUGAGGUCAACAGUACAGCCAGUCUAGAUGAAGAGCCAUACAGGGCUCGCAUAGGGCGAGUCUGCAUGGUUGAUGAGGGAGGGCUUCAGAAUGUGCUGCCUAACUCCUGGACUACGUUCCUAAAGGCACGUGUAAUGUGUGGGAAAGCUGGAACUCCUGUACAGUACAACAGCUUCAAGCAAGCUUUCGUUCUGUCCUCUCAUCAACGCACUGGGUUGAUAUACGGCAUCUUCUCCAAUGCUUGGAACACCACUGUAGUGUGUGCCUACUCCAUUGAAGACAUUGACCGAGCCUUUUCUACAUCCAAACUGAAAGGUUACAACUCACCUUUGUCAACUCCCCGUCCUGGAACGUGUGCCUUUAGGAAUAACACCCAGGCUCAUAACCAAAAGAUCCUGACUGUGAUCAAGGAUCACCCUGAGAUUGAGGACAUGAUCAUCCCGGUCGACGAAGCUCCUCUAGACCUCCCAGUUCAAGACCACUUCACACAUAUCGUGGCAGACACAGUCUUGGCUGUCAAUGAUGAACACUACAGCAUCAUUUAUCUGGCCACAGAGAAGGGAAAAGUCCUGAAGGUGCUGCAUACUAUAGAAGGAGCUUUUAUCAUAGCACAGUACUCUUUAUUCCAUGAUGAUAGUCCCAUUAUCAACAUGGCCAUUGACUCUAAAAAGGGUCAUCUCUAUAUUGGCACAGAUCUUGAGGUGCAGCGCGUCCCUCUGGCUGAUUGUGGUCGUUACGGAGCCAGCUGCCAGGAAUGCAUCCUUUCACGAGAUCCAUAUUGUGCGUGGGAUGUGUCCAAGAAGAAAUGCACUGCAAUCCCACCAAACUACAACAUUAGCACUGGAACCCUUGUUCAGACCCUUGACCACUCCAAUGCCUCGGUCUGUGGCUAUGCUACAGCUCCUAAGGCACGUAGCACCAUCCCCAAACAGGUUUUAGUGGAUAAAGAUGGACCCAUACUGCUACCAUGCCCCGUGCACUCCUAUCAUGCCACUUACCGCUGGGAGAAAGACAACUGCAUCAAGCAAUAUCCUUGCACCAUCUCCGGCUCUUCCUGUGUGCUGGCGCCCACCCCUGACCUGCCUCUGAAGGAGGGCGUGUUCCGCUGCAUGGUGGAGGAGAGUGGCCUGCAGCAGGAGGUGGUGUCCUACAAGCUGGUGUUCAACGGUGGGCCCCUCUGCACCUCGCUAGCCUCCACCCUGGGGUCAGCUCUGCUGCUGGCUGCCACGGCACACUGGCUCCUGUAGAUCCGAUUAAUCCUGGGGGCUCAAAAGGAAACAAGUUUAAUACUAAGGUCAGCAGAGCAUGAGUACCUAGGCCGGUCCAACUAAACUGCAGGGGAGCAGCUGGUCUCUGUAUAAACUGUGUUUCUUGUUUCUUAUUCAGAGCAAUCACAAGUUUAUUAUUUUCUUUAAAGGGCCGAGAAAAUGCCUGAAAUCGUCUCAUUUCGCAAAAUGCUUUAUCAUACCAAACUUCAGUGUUAUGUAAAACAUUAACUUACGUAAGUGAACUAUUUUAUGUCAUCAGCCUGAAAGUGUUUAGACUUAUAUACUGUAUAUUCAAUAUCUAAUACAUGAGAUUUAUACCGCAUAAUACAUUGCUUGCAAAAUGUUAGUGCCAUCAUUCAGAUGUUUCAGAGGACUGCUUUGCUAACUACACUCAGACAUGGAAUCCACAUCAGUUCUUGGUUAGUUUUCUUAGUAACACCACUUUUCAGAAAGGUUCAGUUACAUUAGUUAAGAAUAGGGUAUCAUGAACUAACUAUGAAGAAUUUUUACAGCAUUUAGCAGCCAGGUUUUAUUUACUAUUUUUUAACAUUUAAUGUGCUAUUAUUCGUUGUCAAUUCAUGUUUGUUCAUAAUACAUUAACUAGACAGACUGCACACUAUAAAAAGUUGAAAAACGUAAAAAAAAACAUUUCUUCAUUUAAACAACUUCUGAUGCAUUAGUGUAUGCAGAAAUUAAAUUUUAUUCAUUUAUGCUGUUCAUUUUUAGUUCAUGUUACCUAAUGAGUUAACCAAAUUGAACCUUAUUUUAAAGUGUUACUCUUUUGUUGGUAUGUAGAAUUGCUACAGAUGUAUUAGAUGUGCGAGUACAUGCUGAAACAUGAAUAUACUGUUAUAAAUCCUUCGACUUUUCCAUUGUGUGCCAUUAGGACAGUUCUGAAGCCUUAAAACAAGGAUGAGUCCUUUUUAAGCUUUAAGGGUCACAUCCUAAGCACAACUUGCAAACUGAGCAGAACCUGCAGAAUCUGCUGGCUUUGUCUUUCCACUGAGUCAUGGACCUGAUGCAGAAUGUUAUUUCAGCACGAUUUCAGGAGUAUAUACAGCUGACAUACAGUUUGCACCUGUUUUGCAAGUUUUAAAAUCACUCACCACCAACCAUAAUUAGAAAUGGGAACUAAAAAAACAAAUCCAUACAAAACUGACACAGAUUCGACUGCUUUUGCUCAGUGGAGGACAGGAAGAAUAACCAGAAUUCAUAAUAACCAGAUUUUAAAGUUUAUCUCAGUACAUCACUGUGUUUAACAAACAGACAUAAAUGCUCUUGCAUCCUUGAUGCCUGUACUUUUCAUGCUCAUAAAAUACAUUUUUACAUUUUGCGGUCAAUAAGCUUCAGUACAUGUAACAUGGAAUUGCAUUUUGUAAUCGCAGUGUACAGAGGCUUAAUUAUGCUGUUGUUUUAAUUGUAAUGCUCUGCAUAUGCUGUUCUUCACCAUUGCUGCCUAUGGGAAUAGGAAGUAUUCCUGAUGGAUCUAAACAGUCAUCCUGCACUAAGGUGCUCAGAGUGUAAAUCUGUCAGCAUUUUACUUCAUAACAUUUCAUUUGAUCAUGACUUCAGCCAAUUAAACUUUUGGGUGGUUAUCUUAUACACAUUACAAAAUGGAGCAAGUAAAAAACGCUCAUACAAGAACAUUCUAGCACACUUCUAAUCAUCAUCUGCACCCCAACACGCACCCCACCAUUAUUUCUGUUUUUCUCCCUCUUUCUCUCUCAGAGCAACUGACCCCAAAUGCCAGUUUUGUCUUUAACCUUGUUCUUUCCUCGCUAAAUUUUGGGAGCAGGACAAUGGUGUUAUGAGGGAAUUGAUCACUAAUUAACCAGAAGUGCAUUCUGUUUUCAGAUGAUGGAUGUUGUGACUUUGUUUUUGUAUUUAGUUAUGUAGUUAUUAUGUCGCUCUGUUUCUUGCUCUGCUGUUGACAUAAUCUGCCAAUCCUAAACUAAAAAGGAGCUGUUUUUGUUUUGUUUUUUAGCUCCGUUUGAAUCUCUGGGUUGACGUUUGGGCAAACCUAAGUGUCAUAAAUGAAAGCCAUGUAAAUAGUCCAGGCACUGACUGCAUUGUUGCUUUACACAUUAGUGCAUUAGCUAUAUAUGCUAGCAUAUGGUAACCUUCUGUUUGCAUGCAUGCUGAAUGCCACAGCGCUGUCGCCCUCUCUGUGUACUCGUACCUCUGUCUCUUGGCCUAAUGUGCUACACUGCACUAAAUGAAGGAACGCUGUAGUGCCAAACCAAUGUUGUGUCAUUUUCAUCAAAGAGCUUUUCUAACUUUUCCACUGUGCUUCGAAACCAAACGUUUACCUUUCUUGACACACAUAAAGCAGUAUCUAGAUACACACCGACACACGCACACACUCUAAAAUACUUCUGACAGUGUAAGUGACACAGGGUCCUUCAAUGUAGAUGACACAAUGUAACAACUGUAAACAACUGUUACAUGUUAUGUUUUUGAAUUAUUUUUUUACUCUGUAACUGGUGUUGCAAAGAUAGUUUAAGGCCAUUGUGUUUUUAUUGUCUGUCUGUCAUUUGCUAUGCCUAUGUGUUUUUCGCCCGAGACUUGUGGCAGGGAGUGUUUUCUCAUGUAGGGACACUCAGCACGGUUUACUGCUCAAAAGCAUCUUGCAGUUGUGUAAGCUUGCACUUAAUAAUUCAUAUUUAUAACUGGUUACCAAAAGUCAUAGCAAUUGUUUUCUAAAGGGAUUGAAGACAUUGUAAAAUACAGUAUAUGUAAUAUGUUUCCCUGAAAAUGUGCAUUAAAAUACAU